GGCUCAACAAGGACGCGUCGACGUAUAGGCCGCCGCCGCGCUACCGUUUCGAGGUGAUAUAUCUGUUAUUUAUCUUAACGGCGGAAGGCGAGAGCCGAUCGAGGAAAUGGCCGGAGAGAAGCGCAGCCAGGACCAGGAGGAGUGCCCGCACGAGGAGACGACGAUCCUCCUGGACAUCGAGGGCACCACCACGAGCAUAGGCUUCGUCAAGGAAACCCUUUUUUCAUAUGCAAGAGAUAACGUUAAAAAAUAUAUUGAAGCACACUGGGAGGAGGAUGAAUUCAAAGCCGAUCUUGAAAAACUGAAAGAACAGGCAGUGAAAGAUGAAGAGGAACAUGUUGAUGGAAUUGUGCCUAUUAUCAGCACCACUAAUGAAGAAGAGAGAGAAUCUCUGAUAAAAAAUAUUUUAUGGCAAAUGGACAACGAUCGCAAAACUGGUGCACUGAAGCAACUUCAGGGGCACAUGUGGCGCGAAGCUUAUAAAUCUGGCACCAUUAAGGGGCAUGUUUACGACGAUGUACCAAAGGCUCUUCAGCAAUGGACGAGUGCCGGACGAAAGGUGUACGUGUACUCGAGUGGCAGUGUCGAAGCACAGAAAUUACUUUUUGGGCAUUCCGAUCAUGGAGAUUUACUCAAGCACUUCAGUGGCCACUUUGAUACCGAAGUGGGACCGAAGCAGGAAGCAAGUAGCUACAAGAACAUUCUGAGCAAAAUUGGGGCCGAGCCUUCCAGCGUCCUGUUCUUCACCGAUGUCGUGAAAGAGGCUCGAGCUGCCAAGGAAGCUGGCUUGUCAACGAUUGUCGUCACACGUGAAGGCAACGCAGCGCUCGCGGAAGAAGACAAAGUGUCAUUUACGUGUGUCAAGUCUUUUCUAGACUUAUCGUUCCAGACGUCUUCGAAACGUCAGAAAUUAGACGCCUCGGCAUCGAGUGAGACCGCAGAAACUUCAAGUAAAGUAGCUGCUGGAGAUGCCAAGGAAUCUCCUGUUGUCUCAGAAGACGUUGAGAUGACCGAUAUCAGCGAGAAGUCAGAAAAGGAAGCAAAAUCUAAGGAGGUCAUCGAGCCCGAGCAAUCAAAGGUUACGGAAACCUCGGAAGUAAAAAUAGUCAGCGAAGAGGCCAUGGAAAUCGACGGGAAAGCCGUCCUCGGCAAAAAACAAGACUCAACCGUGAAGAGCCAGGAAAUCGAAAAGGAGGUUGCAGCCGCAAAGGCCGAGGACAAAAUCGCCGAGAUUAAAGAACCCGGAAAAGUCGAAAAGGUUGAUAAAACUCUAACGAAACCUGGAACUCGUGAAAAGGAUGAAUCCGCGACCAAAUCAUCCACGGAUGUAACGAAGAAAUCCGUGCCAGAGGAAGCGAGCACUGUGUGCGAAAAGAAGCCCUCGCUCGAGAAAAAAGUCAACGAGACCAUGGACACGAGCUCGCACGAUUCUUCUGAAACGAAGCCCGAAAAGUCAACGGUUGCGACGGAGAAUAAGACUGACGAGAGCCCGAAGAUUUUGGAAUCCACAAAGGCGGAACCCAAAACGGAGACUGAGACGCAGCGCGUCGCAUCUAAGGAAAAAUCCGAGGAGUCGGCUAAAUCGACGGAAGUUGUCGAUAAGGUCGCGGAAGCCCCCGCGGAAAAGGAGCCGACAGGGUCAGCCGAAGUCAAACCUACUCCAGAAGUGAAAGAAACGACAGGGGAGAUAACCGAGGGGUCCCCGAAACCGGAGAUCGCCAAGAAUGCCAAGAAUGCCAAGACGGAAGCCGCGAAAUCCGAAUCCAUAAAACCCGAGGCCGCGAAAACGGACAAAGUCAAAGAGAACGGCAUGCCCGUAGAGGCACAAAAGGCGGAGAAAUCCGAAAAGUCGGAAAAGGAGAAGGCUCCGACGAUACCGGAGGCGGAGAAGGACAGCAGGAAAUCGGAAGCCAAGGGCGAGGAGCAGGCCAAGUCGGAAGUGGGGGCCGUUCCCGAGAAGAAGGAACCGGAAGCGAAGGAGAUCGUCCCGACAGAAUGCACGGACGCCAAGGAGGAGAAGGUCGAGGCCAAGGGUCAGGACAAAAAGGAGGAGCCGGAAGAGAAGGCCCAGGAGACGAAGGAAGCGGCCGCGUCGGAAGCCGCCGAGACGGGAACAAAGGAGACCAAGUUGAACGGAUCAAAGGAGAACGGGGAGGCCGUCGCUGCCUCGGCAGCAGCCGACCAGCCCCACUCGAAUGGACUGAACGACGAGGCAUCCAGCGCGAAAGUGUCCGAAGUCAGCGCGGCGCAAAACGGCGAGCCCGAGAGUUCCUCCGACGUCAGUACGGAAAGCAUUAAGGUUAAGAAAGUCGUCGACUCGACGAUCGCCGACGGAGCGGGCGAGCCCGACGUCGUCACCCCGGUAGUCGUAGCCGCGACGUCCUAAUCUCGUUCUUAUACCGUUUAAGGAGUCCUUCAUACAUAACCCCAACUCCCCCAAUACUUAUCUUAAAGUAUAAACUAAAACGUUGUCUCCCCACACCUUGCAUCGACCGAGUACGACGUUCAAGCAUGCCGCGGUUACUCCUCGCUGACGUAGCUCAUAGAUAUCUAACGUUCCUUCGAUGAAGAAACGCGACGGAUCGUUGAAAAACCAAUACCAGACUUUUUAGCAGACUCCCGGGGGUGUACGAUAUCGGCGGGUUUUUCAUUCCCGGUUUUUCUUCUCCUUUCAGAAAAUCUACCCUCUUUCAUAAUCGAUGAGGUUGUAAGACUUCGCCUCUGGAUAUAAGCGCGAGUAUUAUUUUGCGAAAUUGGGUGAACUUCUUGACGGGAAAGAGAGAAUCUGGAUUGAAGAUUAAUCGAUAAUGCGUAUACUUCCUGGAGAUGUUUUAAACGUGAGUCGUAUCAUAGACUGAACGUAAAGUAGAGACAUCUAAUCCAGUGAAGAUUUAACGGCAAUGUGACUUUAACGAUGGGUGGUCCGUGAGUGAGACUUUCCAUUUUUUUUUUUUUUUUUUCUUUAAUAGUGACAUCGAUUCCCUCACGGAGUGUUUUUCUUGAUUUAGAAGGAAUGACCACGCAGUGGGUACAAAUUCUCUGCCAAAUGACUCGAUUCUCUGGAGUAGGGGCACCUUUAUAUGUUAAAGCAAAAUAUGAUUCGGUUACCUCAGAAACAUUAUUCUAACUCGAUCCUACAUGACUACGAUUGCAAAACUGUCCUCUACGGAGAGGAAAGCUUUCCUGGCCGAAAAUCCUUUUUUCAAUAAGUAUACAAAUGUAGGAAAAUGGAUGAAUACUUGACAAUACGAUCACCCGACAAAAUGAAUUUAUAAAUAAUCCAAGAACUUCAUUUACUCUAGCUUAAAAUUUUAGUCGUACUUUACGACCCGAGUUUUGAGUUCAUUUCUGUUUUAAUCCGUAACUAUUUGUUUGUGUUAAGAUUUUAUAAAUCUGCAGAUAGAUCCUGUCAGGAAUAAUGAUGUAAUUAAUCUUAUAGAAUAAUAGACAACAAAGAUUCUUAGUUCAAAGAGGGAAAUUAGGUUUAGAUGUGAUGCAUCGCAACGUUAUCACCAAAAUUGUUUAUUUGGAUAAAAAUAUUUUUUUACAGUAUUACUAGUCGUACUAUAUAUUUAUUAAAAAUAGUUAUUAGUUGAAAGUGGAAGUAGCAGUGAAAUUUUGAUCGUGACAAAUUCUCAGACGAAAUGUUGGUUCACGUUAUCACCAAAUUAGAUGUCUUUACUUUUACAGUGCUUUGAUAAGAUUCAACUACCAUCGCGGGGAUCAAAGUAGACUUCAUCGUAACGUUCCAAUGGAUCUUUACUAAUGAAACCUUUGUUCGGAUUUUGUUGUUCAUUUUUUUCAUCGUAAAUGAAGAUGUCGCGUCACACAGUCGAGUACCACGUCGUAGCUCUUAAUGCCGCGUUUAGGUGGAGAUGCCCCUUUCGCUAUUUCGUGACUUCAUUUUUUUUUUUUUUUUUUUUAUUAAUUGUUCCCUCCUUUAUUAUUUCACUCCAGUUCCUUAUCUCGGAAGCUUCGAAACGCUUUUUGUUCGUACGGUUAUUUACGUUUUUUAAGUGCGCGCGCGAUAAGCGCGGGUCUAAGAACCUCCGAGCUUGCCAACUCUCGGGAAAGGAUAUAAGUUUCUUCUCCCUUAGCCUGCAACGUUUAUUACAUUUUACAUUUCACGUGUCGGGCGGUUUCUUUAUUUUUUAUUAUUAUUUUUUUAAUUUUUUAUCUUUUUUUUUUUUAAUAAUGACUCGACGAGGCGUUGGAUGCGCUACGUAAAACAGGUAGUCUAGGCAAGCUCAUCGUAAUUGGGAGUACGCUAUAUGAAUGGAAUAUACUCUGUGCCAAAUGAAUUUCACAUGUCUUGUCUGUCACUUUCCGAAACUUGGGCCGUUGGUGUCAUUCGUGCUUUCGAUUAAUCUUUCCUUCCUGCCCCCCCCCCCCUGCCUCUCCCGUUUUAAUAUUAACGCGACGAGCGUGCGACAAAGGACGUUUUUAAGACUGAUCGAAUGACUUGGAACGGAGUCGCUGGCUACAGAUCGAAAGGUAUCCCUUUAGGAUCGGUGCACUGUACUUAAAAGUCUGGGGUCCUGGAACUAACGGGGCAGUCCUGUGCUUACUUCUUCAUGCGUCGAUAGAGUAUUUUUCAUUCGUCGCACGUCCGUGAUUUGCAGAAUCAUCUUCGCGUUUCCAGGCAGGGAUCUUUCGACGUCUGUCGAGUCGUUUCGCCGAUAUUUUUCUCGGUAGUUUUCGAGUCACGCGGUGCAUUCGAUUAACCCUUCCGCUGCUGCAGGCCUUUACGUAUACUCGGGUAUUGCGGACAUUGUCGAUAUCUGCUUCAGUAAUCUCGACGCGUUUGUCCGUUCCAUAAUUCGCGAACCGAAUUAUCGGAUUUAUUAUUUCGGAAAGUACUACAAGUUUUCAUUCGCGAUCUGGCACUUGCUCGCCUAGAAAAGGCGUUCACUUGACAAUGUAUCGGGAAUUUUUCAAAUAUUCAAAUGUCUUUCUAUGAGAGCGUUAAGUAAAAAUCACUUUCCACGUGAACGAGCGCGUUAACGGUUCCACUCGAAGAGUAUCGAAAUUGGAGUCCCAAUUUCUGAGCAACAAAGGUACGGUCGUUGGUCUUGCCGUGGCGAAAGGGUUAUGGAUCUUCGGAUCAUCGCGCGGGGUAGGGUCCUGGUCAAAUUGAUGAAGGUCGUCAGGGACUGUAAGCGCUUACAGUGACUGUUCAGGGAAGAUGCAGCAAUUUCACUGACACUCAAUCAUGCUUUCCUCGAUUCUUACCCGACGGAUCUACGCUGACCGGAGCACGCGACAGUAGACCCCAAGAUUGUCGAUUCGACUUAGCGCGACAUUGGAUGACACUCGAAGAGGCUGGGACAGAAAAGAUGUAAGCUACGCGCGAUACUUGUAUCCUUUUCGCAGCGGGCCAUUUAAUCGGGGCCAUCCACGAUACAUUUUGUGCUCCCGAAGAGCCCGGAGGGAUUCGAACGAAAGAAUAAUUUGUAAAUCUCGACGAUAAGGGGAAAGAUCGGAUACAGACGCUGAACUUGACUCUCACGGCCCCGGGCUCAAACGAAUCAGGAGCUGCGACGAAAGAGAGAGUCCCAGGGGGUAUUUGCGAGGCCUCGCGUCGAGAAAGCAUUUGUCGGGGAACGCGGGGCUUGACGAGGAGAGAACGCAAAUCCCCUCCGUUCAGUCAACGCGGCGCGUCGGUUCGGUUCGUGGCAGAGCAGCCUUUUAACGUCCUACGCAGCAGUUGUAAAUCGCCAAGUUCAAAGGUUUCACAUUAUUUAUUUAUUACUUUCGACGGCAAAAUUGACUGUGAUUUUACGAUAUUAUGGUAGAGAUGGUAGACAUAGAGGGCCAGUAAACUGGUCCGUUUGUGUCGCGGUGUGGUAGCGAUCGGUCGACAUUUACCGGUGCGUCUCGCAUUGCCGCGGCGGAAUCGUAAACUCGACGAUUUUUCCCUCGAAUUGGUACCCUCUUUGAGCGUUUGCCGGCGACUGCGUCUCCCCGAUGUGGAGGAGAGAAAGAAGUCGCGUCCAAACCCUUUUGUCAUUUAGGGCUCUAACGACCUCCGGCACUCGGGUUACUUCCAUUUUGGCAUUUGGCCCGGUUCGUCUCGACCCUUGGCUCGUUCGCUGUCAUACGCUUUUAGUCGGUAACCGUUAUUGCACUCGGCGAUAUUUCAAGGAAGUCAUUGUUUGUAAGGUUUGGACGAUACGCUUACCAAUUGCCGAGCGACGGGAAAUGAGCAUUUUUUUCGCUUCGUAGUGGUCGCCGCGUGACGGACCGUUCACUCGAUGCAUUUUCUUUUGCGAGCUUGAAAAAGGUUCCUUGAAAGUACGAUCCUUCCGGAACAACGAACUCGAGUCGUUUGAUGGUUAAGCGGAUUAUAUUCCAGUUUUGAAUUCAUUUUGGGGAGAAUAUUAAGUAGAAAAGAGUAGGACAAGUUACGAUGAAUUUCCGACAGACCGUUAAAUUAUGUUUUUCUAUUAUCUUUCCAUUUUACGUAGUAUGCAACAGCUGGAGACCGGAAAUCGCUUUCCAAAUUCCAACUCGAAGACGUAGCAUUACGCGUUACAGAGAGUUCCCUACUUCUUUGUUAGGUUGCCCAUUUUUAUCUUCCUCGAAAUCGAGAGAGUAGUUAUCGUAAUAUCACCCCUGUCGAUCGUCUAGGUCGGUCCCGGUUAGUCAUUCGCGGAAGAUCCUUCCAGCCCCUGGAAUAACUCGAAUCGUUCCAUCUACGUUAACUUGACCCUUUCCGUAAAUUUCAUCGAGAGCGUCCGAAGCACCCUUGAGAUUAAGUGCCGAUCCCCGCACCGAGCACCGAUAGAAGAGGUGGCUGAAUUAGUUGGUAUUUUUAUAGCGCCCCAAACGCGAGACCGUUUUCUAGUACCGCUACACGUAGAACGGGUGAGGUUUGUUUGGAUAUUUAUGGGUCGAUGUGUAUAUCCGUUCGACCUCGAGUCGACCUCGAGUCGACCUCGAGUCGACGUCGGCAGAGUCGAAAGACUUGAGAAUACUUUUGUAGUUCAAGGAAGGUGUUAUCGAAUCGACAACGAGUCGAGUAUCGUCCAUUUUCUUUCCGACCACUCCGACUGCUCGUCGGUACGACGCUUUUCGCUUUCGCGACACGGUUACGGUUAUGGACCGCGUAUUCGGGUCGUCCAUCUUCUCCGAGAGCGUUUUCGCCAAGUGGAUAGGGGUAUCUUCUUCUUUGCCUCGUCGGAUUCCGUAUCCAGUGAACAUUCCCUCGAUGACGACCGAUUGACUUCGGUAUAGACUGACACGCUUAUCGACUGCAACGUGCAACGACACCGAGCGUGAGGUGGCGAUGCGACUUGGCGUUCCUCUCGGCUGACUUUUUCACGACAUCGCCUCUCGAAUCAUCAUCCAUAUCUAUCGUUCAUCCUACCGUUUGUGUCAAUGGUCGGAGAUCGCCGAGUCGACAUCGCGAUGACACGCCGACUGGCGUUGACUGACUAUUGUAAGUUACACGUUCCUUGACUGGCGCAGGUUCACCAUUAACUACUUAUUACUUGACUAGUUCUUUAAGUUCUUAAACGCAUUUAAUGAAACGUUUAUAAGUUGUAUACGAACGUUUCUCCCUCUUCUUUUUUUACAUCUUAUCGCGAGGGUAAACCAGUCUACUACGAAUUGUCGAACUUCUUUCUGACGAGUCAGUGAAAUACUCGGAACGUUCGAUUGAGUUCCGUCUUGAUAUACGAUAACUUCUAAAGGAUUACCGAUACCUUUGCCGAUACUUUGUCGCGGUCGAGUCGUUUCGAAUUCGCGGAUUCGUUUUCGCCCUCCUGUUUUCUAACGAUUUCGACGCGUUUGCUCGAUACAUCGGCAUCGAAAGACUGUCCCUACGAGAGGAUGCCAAAAAGAAUUUUUGUAGAUUUGUAAUCGCAAACUCCAUUGGUAUCGAUCGACUCCAAACGAUUUAGCGUUAGUCCCAAUCGUACGAAAGCGCGACGUUCCCCCUGGAUGGGGGGUAGUUUUCCUCGACGUCGUAAUCGAUGUUAUCAUUUAACGGCACGAUGACGUCGGACCUACGAUCGAGUUAUCGGCAAAUUCAUUUUAAUCGCCCGUUGUGAUUUUAUACGAUCAUUUGUAGGAUUGUCGUAAUUAUCCGGUAAAUUAUAAAAGUAAAUAACUAUCACUGUGACUAGAUGUUAAAGCCAGACAUAAUAAAUUGAUUAUACCGAUAAA